CCGACUGCAUUUAUCAACAGGUCAACAUUUACUUGAACCUACAGAUAUUUUUCACAACGACAUAUUUUUGUCGUCCAUUCGGUUUCCAAAGAUGGCAUCCGUGUAUAAAUCUCUUUCAAAAACUGCGUCCAAUGGCGCUGACGCCGCCGACAAGCCCAGCGCCGGCGUCAAGCACAACCGCCAGCGAGUGUUGAUGUUGACCUCGAGAGGUGUGACCUAUCGUCACCGACACCUGCUCAACGAUCUGAAUGCUCUUCUCCCGCAUAGCCGCAAAGACGCCAAGCUCGACACCAAGACGAAGUUGUACCAACUGAACGAGCUCGCGGAGCUGUACAACUGCAACAACGUGCUCUUUUUCGAAGCGCGCAAGGGCCAGGAUCUCUACGUGUGGAUGAGCAAGCCGCCCAACGGACCAACCGUCAAGAUGCAUCUGCAAAACUUGCACACAAUGGAAGAACUCCACUUUACCGGAAACUGCCUCAAGGGCUCUCGACCCAUUCUCUCAUUCGACUCCAACUUCGACAGCGCUCCUCACCUCCGCGUGCUCAAGGAACUGUUUACGCACACCUUUGGCGUUCCCAAGGGCGCGCGCAAGACCAAGCCCUUUGUCGACCACGUCAUGGGCUUCACUCUCGCGGACGGCAAGGUCUGGAUCCGGUGCUACCAGAUCAACGAGAGCGAAGUGGCCAAAGCAUCCUCUUCCUCUAAAUCCGCCGCCGACUCCUCUGGCUCCACCGCUGCUUCCACCGACGACCCCAACGCUCCUACCUCCCGCAGCAAGUCCGACUCCGGCAAGGAUAUCAACAUCAGCCUGGUCGAGAUCGGUCCCCGCUUCGUCUUGACCCCGAUUGUCAUCCUCGAGUCCAGUUUCGGCGGCCCCGUCCUCUACGAGAACAAGGAGUUUAUCUCGCCCAACCAGAUCCGUGCAGAGCUCAAACUGGCCCGCUCGGUGAAACAUAAUAAGCGCAGCGAAGCGGGUCUCGACAGACGCUCGAAGCGCGGCGAUCUCGGUCUCGUCACCCACGGUGGAAAGAAGCGCGAGGGCGAUGCGUUGGCGAGUAAUCAGCUUUUUGCUUAAUCAGUUGUGUUCCUUAUAUUAUUUGUUCUCCUUGAAUGAGUUUCCUCUUCGGAUGAUUCGUUCUCCUUGGAUUACUUGUCUUAGAUCUCACGUUACCCCUGGUUGAAUUUCCUUUCCCUUCCUUUCCUUUCGCCGGAUGGCUUCGGCUACAAGUGGAUGUUAUUUGAUUAAUAACAUCCAUUUCGCGGUCUUGAGAGUUCGGGUCUCGAAAGUCAGAAGAGGAAAACGAUAAGGGCGGAAAGUAGCAUUCAUUGUCCUGCUAUUUUAUUGCAUACCUUAGGUCAUGGCGUUGUAUUGGAGUACUUUUUCUUUGCUUUCUUUCUGUCAGUUGUGUGCAAGGGAGGCGCCCCUGGAAAAGCAAGAAGCUCUAGCUUCUCAUUUGAUUUAAUAUUGUUAUAUAUUCAUUUACAUUUGAAUCAAUUCAAUCAAUGAUUUAACAAGGCUCAGCUUCGUCCCGAAU